AUGGAGAUAGAGAGCGAGAGCGAGAUCGAGCUGAGAACGGCAGGGAACAGGCACUGUAGAUCUUCUCAAUUUACGCAAAAUGCCACUGGCUGUUGGGCCUGCAGCUGGGGCUCAUCUCGAGCCCCAGCUUCGGACGAGGGGAAGUGUCGGGCUUGUGGGCCUCAGAUUGGGGGCCCAGAUGGAAUCGCCUCGACCUUGGGCUCAAAUCAGAGGUCGUUGGUUGGGCGGGUCGGGUCGGGUCGAUUUGCUCCUGACUAUGUUGCCGUGUCAGCUCAGAUCAGGCCCCCCGAUGACACCCCCACCAACUUUCCUGAUCUUUCCUUGCAAAUUAAUCCUCCAGGUGUUCCAGAUUCCGGGAAGAAGGUCGCAAUUUAUGAUUGCGAUGAUUUUGCAAGGAAACCAUUCUGUAGUGAAAUGAGCUCAACCACUGACUCCGCAAGCAGUGGGAGCGAUUUGAGCCAUGAGAACAAUUUCUUGUCACAAGAGAGGAGUUUUAGUCAUGGUCAUGGGGAGCCCACGUUGAGCUUAGGAUUUGCAAUGGGCGAUGUCAACCAUUCAACCUUGCAACAACCACCAAGAAACCUCAAUCAUCACCACCAUCCUCACUUAUACAGCCGCGAGUUCAAGCGAAGCACUCGAGUUGGGAGCAGUGUAAAGAGAAGUAUUAGAGCGCCCAGAAUGAGAUGGACCACGACUCUCCAUGCCCAUUUUGUUCAUGCAGUCCAGCUUCUAGGCGGUCAUGAAAGAGCAACCCCAAAAUCUGUACUGGAGUUGAUGAACGUGAAGGAUCUAACCCUAGCCCACGUGAAGAGUCACUUGCAGAUGUAUCGAACAGUGAAGAGCACUGACAAAGGGUCGUCAGGUCAAGUGCAAACACUAGACGUCGGUACAAAACAUGUAGAGGCAGGGUCAUUAUCUUCUGAGAAACACGAAGACUGCGACAACUCUUACUCUCUCAACCCAUCAUCCCAAGCAAGUUUCAAACAAACGCAAGGAGGUUUAUUGUGGUUGCAAUCAAUGGAGACAAGCGGAACAAGUGAGUCGGAUCAUGAAAAUGCUUUGACAUAUGAUUCCCACUUCAAAGCAAAUGACGCCAAGGUGGACGGACAAAAGAUUAUUGAUCGACGUAUGUCUGAAGAUGCGAAGGAAAGAUUGGACUCGAGCUCCUUGUCACCACCUCCGGAGGAUGCGUUGGUCAAUCUGGAGUUCACUCGGGAGGCCAAGUUGGCAAAUGGACUGCACCGAAUCUUCGCCCGAGUUAACCCUUCAAGUGUUGAUCCAUCCAUCAAUCAAAUUGAUUACCUGCUUUAA